UAUUCUCCCUAGACAGUCGUCGGUAUCGUCGCUACCUGCUUAAAUUUCUAUUUUAGCUACGCGAGAGGGAUAAUUUAGAUGGCGAUUCAUAUACACCACCAAGCAGCAGCAGCAGCGCAGCAGAGCGAGGUCUCAACAAGAAAAUUUAUUCCCUGUAUACCCUUAUCCUCCCUCGGAACUCAACAACCACCACCGUUGUUGGUCCUUCCGUUCACAAAAGCCUUGUCAUCAGCUGCGUCAAAAACAGUUUGCAAUCGCAGAAAAAUUAGGGUUCGUUCUUCGAGUCGGUUCACGUGAUAAAAAAAAAUAAAUCAUAAAUAGAAAAAUUUCAAUGCAAUGACAUUGUGAAUCGUGUUUGCGACUUCAUAAAUAACUGUCGUAGUGUCGCAGUGAUCGAUUUAACUAUCGUCGUCAUCGUCGUCGUCGUCGUCGUCGUCGUCGUCGUCAGGCGGCUAUGAGGAAAAGUGUUCUCUUGAUCACAAUGUCCGGGGGUGAAAGAAAAAAGCGAGGUGGGGACAGAGGUCAAGGAUGGGAAGAGGCUGGUGCGGAAUUCUACCAGGAAAGUUAUCCAGCGGCUAUUGAGGCAGAUUUGCAGCAAGCGCUUCAAAGAGAUCCAUCUCAUAUCGCGACUCUGUUACCCAGCAAAAAAUCUCGUGUCGCUACUGCCAAGAGAAUCCGGAACGAGUCGCGAACUACAUUGAGAAGAAGAACCAGUACUCGUUCUCGGGGCGCGAGCACAGCUCGCAGAAUGUCUACCAAUAUUCCUGAUUCUACCGUUGCCAUGUUGCCCGACCUAUCGGAAAAUUUGUCCAACGAGGAACGCACAUGGGAAGAAAUAAUGCAAAUAAAAGCAAUGCCGGUUUGCAUGGCGCAGAAAAUACAACUGAAGAAUCAGCUACAGAGUGCAACGAAAUUACGUCUGCAAGGCUUUGAACAGUUGAAAUGGCAACGCAGAAAAGCCUGGCAAGAAUUUCGCAACAGAACGAAGGAAGCAUACGCAAAAAUGGAAUUAUGGAACGGCAGUUUGAAAAAGAUCGGUGGUAACUUUGGAAUGGGAAUAGUAGCUUACUUUCUAUUCAUAAAAUGGCUGAUGUUUCUGAACGUGAUUCUGUUCGGUAUAAUAUUUUUAUUCGUGGUCUUGCCGACGAUAGUGUUGGAGGACGAAAAAUUAUUAUACACAGACGUUACCGAUAAUUCAACGGAUCUCGUGUCCCGUUGCUCCAGUUAUUACUGGAACAAUUCGAUGGAAUCGGAUAGUAUCGUGGAUAUCGUGCAGGGUAGCGGUUUACUAGAGCGGACACUUUUAUUUUAUGGAGUUUACAGCCACAAACCAUAUGGGAUGAACAACAACGGUCUUUAUUACGAUUUACCGAUGGCUUACAUCGGUGCGACAAUAGCAUUCUUUCUCUUUAGUCUAUUCGCCAUCGUGAGAUCAGCGGCGAAAGGUUUUAAAGAACGCGUCGUCGAGGGAGAGGGACAGUUCUAUCAGUAUUGCAAUUUAGUGUUCGGAGGUUGGGAUUUCUGCAUACAAAAUGAAAAAUCGGCAUCGAUAAAGCACAAAGCGCUUCACAACGAGAUCAAAGCAUUUUUGGAAGCAGAAAGACUAGAGGAGGAAAGACAGAAUCGAACGAGAGAGGAAAAAAUGAAAUUAUUUCUUAUUAGAUUUUUUGUUAAUCUUCUCGUAACGAUAGUACUUGCAAGUUGUGCCGCAUUCAUUUAUUAUAUUAUUCACAUAUCGUUCAAUCACACUACUAGUCCAUCGCCGCCGGCGACGAUCGUCGCUCCAAUUCGCAGCUCCGCGAUGGCUGACUUUUCCUUUCGUAAGAUAACGCAAUUGUUCUUCGAAUUUUUGCCUUACAUCUGUAUCGUCGCUCUCAAUCUCAUAAUACCAUUUUUCUUUCGUUAUCUCGUUGCUCUCGAGCAUUACAGCCCGUUGUUCGUCAUACGUUUGACUCUAUUCAGAAUUGUGUUUUUGCGUCUCGCUUCGUUGAUCGUGCUACUCACGACUUUGAACGCGAUAGUCAGCGGUGAUAUGACCGAAAACGGUUGCGCAAGAAAAUCCAAUCGAAAUCCCGUUCGCGAAACAUAUUGCUGGGAAACGUUUGUCGGACAACAAUUUUUUAAGCUCUAUUUAACCGAUAUUUUUACACAGUUUUUCGUAACCUUUUUCGUUAAUUUUCCCCGGUCUCUUUUAGCCCGACAUACGGAAAAUAAAAUAUUACGAUUCAUCGGAGCUCAAGAAUUCGAUCUGCCUCAUCACGUUCUCGACAUCAUUUAUUCUCAGACUAUUUGUUGGUUGGGAGCUUUUUUCGUUCCUCUAUUACCUUUUAUGGCUGUCAUUGGCUCGUUCCUUUUGUUUUACGUCAAAAAAUUCGCUUGUUUAGUUAACUGCACACCAUCCAGUCAGGUUUAUCGCGCCAGUCGCUCAAAUUCUCUCUUCAUGUUUGUUCUCCUCGUUUCUUUCAUAUUGGCUAUCAUACCGAUUGGUUAUUCCAUUGCUGAAAUUGAACCCUCCAAAUCGUGCGGUCCGUUUCGCGACUCGCCCACCGUUUGGAAACUCGUUACCAACACCUUCGAGCGAUUUCCCGAUUGGAUUCAAAACGUAUUAUUUUUCCUCGGUACUGCUGGCUUUGGCAUACCAGCUUUCGUUGUCCUAGCAUUACUCUUGUAUUACUAUUACGCAGUUUCGAUAGCCAACAAACAUAUGGUUACCGUAUUAAAAAAUCAAUUGAUUCUCGAGGGUCAUGAUAAACAAUUUUUGCUCAAUCGACUCAGCGCUUUCAUAAAACAACAACAGGAUCAAUCCAAGUACCAUCAAGAACAGUCUAUAGAUUUAGGCACCUUUACAUAAAGUGUACUCGAACUUUUUCACUUCUCAUCCUUCUCUUUCUGCUCUCCCGUAUUUUACCUUUCUAAUCAACCUGCUAGUCACCAAAUUCAUCAUCGAUCAUUUAUUUAUUCGUUUGUUUAUUUAUUUAUUUACUUGUAUAUUUAUUACGCAUGUGUGCGAAAGGGGCACGUUGGAUUACGCCGGCGAUGCCGCAUCUUUUUCAUUUUUCGAUUCUACCAAAAUGCUAUUUGGAUAAUUAAUCACUAAAAAUUUAUCCAAACAUCGCCUGUCCCGAGCGAAUCAAUUUCUUUUACCACAAAAAACAAAGACUGUCAAAUUAUGCGAUCAAUUAUUAUUGUUAUUAUUAUUCGUUUCUAUAGGGAUUUAGAGAUAAGAGUUGUCCCAAAGACACGCGGUGGUCAGCGCAACGAUUGAGUAAAGCCUUUUUUUUCUUACAUAUAAAACUAAUAAACGCUACUCUCAUUUUCGAGGAUAACAAAAGCGCAAAGUUAAGACCAAUGAUUAGGUGUCGAUUUCGAGGAACGUGAUCGAUUUAGAAAUAGCAAGCGCGGAAGUACGUCGCCAUCCAUUGUGAUAAAUAAUUUGCGUAAAUAAACUUGUUGUUUAGAAUACGAUGGGAGAAGGAGGGGGGGGGGGGGGGGGGAGGAAACAAAGAAUUACAGAGAAAAGUCGGAUACCUGGUUUUUUCUCUUCCGGUGCAUUUUACACAAGUCAUCGGAUUAAACUUUCAGACUCACGAGUUUCUUGUGCGUAUCGAAAACAAUGUAGACAUUACGACACACUUAAAAGCCCGUAUGAUAGUCAAUGAUUUCGAGCUUCGCUGUUGCGCCAUCACGUUACUGACCCGUUCAAGUUAUACACAGAAACAAGAAAAAUUAUUAUCGUCCUAAAUAUUUCGAUCGUACAUAAAAUACGCAAUGUAUACUACUUUUGUACAAAUUUUAUAAAACCUUUACAUAGAAUUUACAAGAAAAUAUAAUGCAGGCCAAAACGUGAUUUUUUUUUAAUUUGUAUUUUUUUUUUUUUUUAAUGUAGAAUAUGAAAUUUUGGAUGCGCGAAUGUCCACAGAUGAGUGAGACGAUAAAUCAUUCGGCUGUUUCUAUUUUUUUUUUUCUACAUUUACAUGAGAUUUGUUACUGUCCCAAAAGCUUUUGUACUGUUUUAUGGAAAUAAUCGAAUGAUUUUAUUCCAGAUAUUCUGUCUUCCGGUAUUAUAAUUGUCCUUCCACAAUUGUUCUCAGCAUUUUGUUGUCGUUUUUUAAAUGCAGACGUGGAUCAUGAAAUGGGUCAAUAGAUCUAUAUCUGAUGAUAAAUUAAGCCCAAGAUUUGCCUCAAUAUUCCACAAGAGUCUUGUAUAAGUUAUUAUUGAUAAGAAUAAUUUACGGAUUGUGUAUUCAAUGUAACCGUAAUCACUGCCAUUUUUGAAGCUGUCAAAUUAGAGGAAGAACCAUUGUAGCGCACCUAGAAAACUCGUUUAACGGUGUAAAUAUAGCGCGAGUUUCUCUUAUACAAGUAUCUUUGAAAAAACGAAAUAUACAAAAAAUGCAGAAAAAUGACUAAGCAAAAGAGUAUCGAUGUUCCAUGUAAGGAGUACUGGGAAGACCGAAUUUUUGGCAGCUGUGACCGACUAUGAUUAACAGACGUAAUAACUUGUAUGACUAGUGUAUAAUGUGGAAAGAGGAUGAUUAAUAAAACGAACACCGCUAUCUUUA